AUGAAUGAACUGGAGUUUUCUAAAUCUCAAAAUGAAUUACGACGUAAUCGAAAUCGUCGAAAAUCGAGUCCUGAAAAUCUUCGAUUAAAUGGUAUAACACCAACAAUAUCAUCAACUAAUCCUAAAACAAUUAUAGCUUCUAAUACACUUUCGACAACUAAUUCUUCACAACAAAAGCAAUCACCAGUAAAAACAUUGACAUCACUUGAACAAUCACAAAAUCGUCUAAAUGAUUCUAAUAAUUCAACUAUAUUAUCUUUAAUAAUGACUGCACCAGUAACGACAACAUUGCCAAAAGCUGGUAAUUCACAUUCAUUACCGGGACAUAAUUCUUCUUCUCAACGCUCAAAAAUACAUAAUAAUGAAAAUAUAUCACAUAAUAAUUUAUCAGAUAGUAUGGGGAGUGGUAAAUUCAACUGGUCUCAUCAACAUAAUGAAUUUGACACGGAUACCGCUACUACAAAUUCGUUAGAAAAGAAAAAACAAAUUGCUUUAACAAAAGUCGAAGUUAAAUUAGAUAGAGCUCAUCGAUUGUUUAAUGAUGCUAAAGAAGGACUUGAUAAAAAUAUUGCUGAAUAUCUUCGAUUAAGCGUACCAACUAGUUCAGGUGAAGCAUUAUCAUUAUCAACAAAACAAGCAUUCGAAAAGAAAAUUCGUACAUAUCAAGAUACUAAAAAAGGAUUGGAAAAAAAAAUAAUAUCCUAUCAAAACGAUAUUCAACGUAUAAAUGCGGGCGAUAUUCCUAAUCAUACAUCGAAAGAUAUCGUUAAUAAUAUUGUUAAACAGACAAUUAAAGUAACUACUGGUGGUGGAAAACAUCGUCACGAUGGUCAAGAUGUUGGAGAUUUAUUAAAUGUAGGAUCAUCAACGUUAAAUCGAACAUCUUCAUCUCCUACAACAACUCUAACAAUUAUAUCUUCAACGGUAAAUAAUAAUAAUUUGAGUCAAACACCACCAACAUCAGCUAAUCCAACUUUCACAGCAACACCGGAUGGAUUAGAUAAAUAUGCAAAUAAUACUGGAGGACAAUCGUCAAUGUCUAAUUCCAUGUCAAAUGAAAUUGGAAACAGUCAAUUUUAUAUUAAUUCUAGUCAUGAAUAUCUGUACGAUUCAGAACCAAAUCCAUUCUCAAGAUCAAGUCGACGACCAGACGUAGCAACAGGGGAUAAUUUUCUUCAUGAUACUGUACGACCAGUCGAUGAUCGAUCUCCAUCACAGAAAAGACGAACCACUGACGAAUCAAAUAGUGAAUUAAAUGAUCGUAUAUCAGAACAAUCAUACGAUGGAUUUGGACGAAGAAAUGUUCCGUUCACAAAUGAUCAGACAUCAGCUAAAUUUGACUUAGUACAAAAAGCAAUUGAACGAUUAGAAAAUAAAGUGAAUGAUAUGCAGAAACAAAUCGAUCAAUUAACUAAUUUAAAUGAUAGUCAACGUGAACAAAUUAAUCGUUUAAAUGGUGAAGUCAAUGAUUUGACCGAUUUACAUCAAGUCGAAAUUCGAACAAUAAGAACAGAUUCAAGACAUUUAGAGGAGAAAUUAGUUUAUAAAUUUAAUGAAUAUUGGAAUGAAAUGCUUGACAGAUUAGAUAAACUCGAUACUAGGACUGCUAAAGUGGAACAACAUCAAAGUCAUGGAAUUGAAACAGAAGAGAAUACUCAUCGGAUUAUUAGUAAACUUGUCAAUAUUCUUUUAACAAUAUUCGCUAUUAUUCUGUUGGUAUUAUCUUCGAUAAAAAAUGCCGUUUCGUUUGUUGUGUCAUCAAGAAUUCAUGCAUUGACAAUUUUAAUAUUGGCAUUAGCCUGGCUUACUAUUCAUUAUUUGCCGGCAAAUUACCUUCAUGCAUCAUUUAUGAAACAUUUUUCAAAUAUUUUUAAACGUUCAUGA